UCCAAUGCGCGUUCCCUACACCGGAAGUUCCAGUCAAGUCGCUAGCGUUCAUGAGCACGGCAGGAGCGAACCGGCAAAGACGAUACCGGGGGUAGAAGAGGAGCCGGUGGACGGUGGAACACCACACAAUCCACGGAAUGAAACAUAGUGAUUUCUCUCUCAAACUUCUGCUGUUACUCACUUGACGUUCCUUGUUCCGCUCAUCCACAUACCAGGAGCCUGAAGCGCUGAAGGGCUAUAUCCGAGGAAGGAAGGGGGUCGUUGUGACUGUCCGCUCAAUUGCCUGGGAAAGAGAGUCUGUUAUUUCAGUCUGCCCGGUGUGACGGAAGAGGAGUGUGUGACCAUAGUGUGUGAGCAGCUCUCCCUAUGUGUGUCACAAUGGGGGACAUCAGUGACCUGGACCGACAGAUAGAGCAGCUCAGACGCUGUGAGCUCAUUAAGGAAAAUGAAGUGAAAGCACUGUGUGCCAAGGCCAGAGAGAUUCUGGUUGAAGAAAGCAAUGUUCAGAGAGUAGACUCUCCUGUCACAGUGUGUGGUGAUAUACACGGUCAGUUCUAUGACUUGAAAGAGCUCUUUAGAGUUGGUGGCGAUGUCCCAGAGACAAACUAUCUAUUCAUGGGUGACUUUGUGGACAGAGGUUUCUACAGUGUGGAGACCUUCCUCCUGCUGCUAGCUCUCAAGGUGCGUUAUCCAGACAGGAUAACCUUGAUUCGGGGAAACCACGAGUCCCGGCAAAUCACCCAGGUCUACGGCUUCUAUGAUGAGUGCUUACGCAAGUAUGGCUCAGUCACCGUCUGGAGAUACUGCACUGAGAUAUUCGACUACCUGUCCCUCUCUGCUAUCAUUGAUGGAAAGAUCUUUUGUGUGCACGGUGGCUUGUCUCCAUCAAUCCAAACACUGGACCAGAUCCGGACCAUUGAUAGAAAACAGGAAGUACCCCAUGAUGGGCCAAUGUGUGACCUUCUGUGGUCGGAUCCUGAAGACACCACAGGUUGGGGAGUGAGUCCUCGUGGUGCUGGCUACUUGUUUGGGAGUGACGUCGUGGCCCAGUUUAACGCCGCCAACGACAUCCACAUGAUUUGUCGAGCACACCAGCUGGUCAUGGAGGGCUACAAGUGGCACUUCAAUGAGACAGUUCUCACUGUGUGGUCAGCACCCAAUUACUGCUACAGAUGUGGCAAUGUGGCGGCCAUCUUGGAGCUGGAUGAGCAUCUACAGCGGGAGUUUAUCAUAUUUGAGGCAGCACCACAAGAGACCAGAGGUAUCCCCUCCAAGAAGCCAGUAGCCGACUAUUUCCUGUGAAGUCUUUGAGCGGGCAGCCAUGAUGUGUCAGAAUCUCCAGUUUCAUCUCUCAUAAGCCACCCUCCAUCCUGCUGCUGGACAGUUCUGUCAGUCUGAACUCGGAGCAGUUAGACAGAAAACCUGCCAAAACCUGCGAAGCUCCAUACAGCUUCAGCCUGAUGAGCUGGAUUUUUGCCACACUGCCCAAGCCUGACAGAGCAGUCACUGUGAAAGGUGUAGGGGGUGAGGUGGAUACUGGGCACAUGACUGUUGUCACUUCUCCUUGGCUGUAGAAGAUGGCCAUUUUCUUUCUCCCCUCAGCCUCCUUCCAUUUGAGUCUGUUCUCCUUUCUCAUUCUCUGUAGAUAUGACACUGUCACUCUGACUUUACCUCCACCACUCUUGUAGUAUGUUUUUCAUGACAAACACUGUCAUUUAGUUUUAGAAGUAUUUGGAAGGAGGAUUUUUUUUGUUUCCAAUAAUAUGCAGAUGAGGAAUUUUCAAAAACUCAUCAUUUAAGGAAUUCCUACAGUGCAUACGUUGUCUCUGUUUUUGAUUUUUUGUAUAAUUGUUGCUGCCAUUAUUAAAUGCAAAAUGACCUGUUCCUCCAGCCCUCUUUGCUCUUAUGUUUCUGUUUUAACCUUCAUCUGUCAUGUGUGUCACUAUUUAACAUACCCAGUGCUGCUGCCUAGCACCAUCACAAAUGAUUACCGGAAAUGUAAUGACUGGCCGACAGGAGUCACUAUAUUCACCAUUGUUUGCUCUCUUAAUUCCUUUUAAUCUACAAAUCUCUGUAGGUCUGUCAUUUUUGAUAUUGUGAGAAUAAAGUUUUUGUAUCAAUACUGA